UUUAUAUAUAAAAAGAGAAAUGCAAAACCCUAAACCAAGAUUUCGCACAGACGACGGCCUGCUUUCGCUAAAACCCACUCGGAAUCCGAGAAGCCAUGGAAGAAGAAGAUCUCAGAAAGCCGACUUCUGUCACCAUAGCGACCGAAUUUCCCCACAACGAUAACGUUUCAGCUACACAGGUCGAAGACGAUGACGACCCCCCAAUGUUAAGCUCCCAGACUUUGGCGGCGCUCCAGGAAUUCCUAGCCGACCAGAACAGAUCCGACGCAACCGCGGAGCCGGAGAAGUCGGGAGGCGGCGGAGAAGAUUCCGACGAGGUAUCGUUGGUGUCGGAGGAUUGGCGAUUGAGUCAGUUCUGGUACGAGCCAGAUACCGCAGAGACUGUCGCAGAGGAAGUCCUCGCUCUCUCGAGUAGAUUCUCCGGUUGCCGAAUCGCUUGCAUCGCUUGCCCAACGCUUUACGUUUACCUCAAGAAGAGGGAUCCGAGUCUCCGGGUGCAAUUGCUGGAAUAUGAUAAGAGAUUCGAGAGAUACGGAAACGAGUUCACGUUUUAUGAUUAUAAUGAACCAGAAGAUAUGCCAUUAGAGCUCAAACAUAGCUUCCAUGUUAUCGUUGCAGAUCCUCCUUACCUGAGUAAGGAGUGUCUGGAAAAAGUAAGUCAAACAGUUUCAUUCCUCGUGAGACCCGUGGAUUCUUUGUUGCUUCUUCUCACAGGAGAGGUGCAGAGAGAGCGUGCUGCUGAGCUAUUGGGUGUUCGCCCGUGCGUAUUCCGGCCACAACACUCUAGCAAACUCGGAAACGCAUUUCGGGUAUUUACGAGCUACAAUCCCGGAACCGGGUUAGGGGGCUGGGAAGAAGAAGCCAAAUGACCUAGUAAUAGUCCCAUUUGGCAUUGGUUAUCAAGCCCGUGCCUGUCUGUUGCUGCCUCCUCUGAUGAGCCUUGUCAAGCUUUCUAGUGGGGCAUCUCCGUUGUUCUCUGUAACUUUGUUGCAAGGCCAAGUCUUAGUAGAUGAUCUCGGUGGUCUAUAUAUGACAAUUUAACAAGAACUUCCAUCGUACUUCAAUUUUUUAUUUAAUAUCUAAUUCCAUGUAUUCUUUUUA